AAUUCAUUAAUUUAAAUCGCCAUUCGGUGUAAUUGCAAUUUUGAUUUUAUAUUUAAUAAUAUUACUAGCGCCACGUUGCGUCUCAAAUAAGAACUAAACUGCGUUAUUCUUCGUCUAGUUUAAUCAGAUUUGGUUAAGUUAAGUUAGAUUUUGUUUAAGAAAAGAUUAACGUUCAAAUUUAUUUAUUAAUCGUUCUAUAUACACGAACAUUUAAAAAAAUAAUUUAUUUCAAUUAUUAAUGAAGACAGCUACACAUCAAAGACUAGUCAUGGUUGGCGAUCGCGAUGGAUUGAAAGAACUUUUAAGACGACGAUUGGUGGAAUGUGGAUGGAGAGAUCAAGUUAAAUUAAUCUGCAAAGAAAUAAUAAAAGAACAUGGUCAUGAUAUAACUUAUGAUACGUUACUUUCUAUGGUAACAAGUAAAGCACGAACACUUGUACCUGAUUCUGUAAAGAAAGAAUUAUUACAAAAAAUAAAAAAUCAACUUGUAGCUCAAGAAGAAAAAUUGAAAAUGUAAA